AUGGCGACGACGACAAUUAUGAUGGAGACCCCCUUUGCGAUCCUACCUGAAGACAUGCACAGACUGGAGCAAGAAGAAGGAUUUGUGAUGCUCAGAGGAUAUCUAAAAGACAUGGUCGGAGCCGACUUCUGCACAACCCACACCGCCGCCCCGCAAACCCACGCAACCUCCCUCCUCCAACGCGACAUCCUCCACGCCCUCAACAUGCCCCUAGCCGCCCUCUUCCACCGCGCCUCCGCCCUCGCCGCAGCAGCCCUCUGCUCCAAAACCGCCUCGGACCACGAACUCGCCUUCACCGGCCCCGCCCGCAGCGCCUUCCUCUGGCUGCAAUGCUUCCUCGCCGAAGAAGAAGCCUGGGUCCGCACAGCCGGCUGCCCCGCCUGCAUCGUCACCGCAACCCUGAGCACAGAAUCCCACAUCCGCCUCACCAUCGCCGCAGCCCUGCUCUCGACUUCCCCUCCCCCACCUCCUUCCCCAACGAUCCCAGAAGCAGAUACCGCGCUGCCGUGUGCAGAUGGCGUAGAAGCGGGCAGGGAAAAGGCCGCCCCGCAACUCCCGUCCCUCCCGCACAUCAUCCCCGCGCUGCGCGCCGCCAUCGAGGCAGAUGCGUUCUGGGGCCCCGAUUACUGGGACCACCUCUUCUCCCGCGCCACGCAGCUCUGCGCCUCCUUCCGCGCCCUCAUGGCCGGUAUGGCGGAUUUGGAGACUUUGGUCGAGUCGCCGUCGCCUACUUGUGCUGCUGGGGAGCGAGGCGUUGGCGUUGGCGUUGCGCAGCCCGGAGCGAGGUUGGGGGUUGCUGUGAGGGAGAGCAGGUUGGCGAAGCGGCAGUUGAGGCUUGAGAGGGAGGAGGUCGAGCUCGCGAGGAGGUGGAGCAAGCAGUGUUGGGGGAAGGCGUUGGGGAUUGGGGUUGCACUGGUUGAUGGGGUGAGGGAUAGGGAUGGGAGGGUGAGGAGGUUGACUUGUCCUUGAUCCCCCUCCCCCUCCCCCUUUUAUUUUCUUGCUUGCAUUAUUCCCUGGGCUGGGAUCAUUUGUAGGGAGAGGCAGAUGUGAAAGGGUGUUUGCGUUUCCAACCCGUUUUUUUUUCUCUGUUGUCCUUCUUCUUCCUCUUCUUCUUUUUCUUUUAUUCUUGUUGAUACCCAUUCUCCUUUUUAUCUCCUCCUUUAUUUACAAGAUUUACGUCGCAUUAUCCAUUUUUUUUGUUUCUGUAAUUCUCCCUUUUCCCUUUAUUACCUAGCGUUCUAGGUGUAGAAGACCCCCCUUUCCUCUUAAGCAGAGAGAUAGAAGGAGAGAGUAUUUAUAUUAAUAGUCUUUACACACGCAUACAUUCUUAUUCUCUCUCCUCUUUUCUUCCCCCCCUUCGUAAAGGGGAUUUCUUUAGUCUAGCUAGCGCUCUAUAUACUUAUAACUAGCAAUUAAUCUUAUGCGUUUUAUCUAUCUACAUAGUGGAUACUAACUUGAUACCAAGCAUCGAUAUCGUAGCAGUAUAUACCUACCUAGGAUAUACUAUCUCGCCUAUUUUUCCAGUGUCUUUCUGCUCUAAGAUGAAGACCAAACUCCAUGUCACACGUUGGCCUUAACUAUUAUUCCGCAAGCUCUACAAGAGCGGACUCUAUUAGAGGAUUAGCCCUGUAUCAUAUCUUUAUACUGAGAUUAUCUUCUUCUGAGCGUGACGGUGGACGGGUCGAAUUUGAUGGCAGUAUAACGUUUGUACGAUUUCUACGCUGC